AAAAAUAAAGAGAAAAGAAAAAAUAAGCCCUCAAAAUUACGUGGUUGAUAGCUGUUUGAUGCCUCUAAGAGCUCCUUGCUCCAAUUUUCCUUGCUCUCUUGUUUUACUGAUGUUAUUAUUCAUCCAUCCGUCUCUACAAACCAGAAGCUUAUGAAUGUUUGCUUGAAUUAACAUGAAAUGGACAAAAGCCUGUCUUUAGGUGGAAUUACCCACACAUAUUUAAACGAUGAAGACGAAGUAACUUUCAUUGGUUAUUACCAGUAUCUUUUUUUCUUGCGGCUAGGAUCUUCAUAUUAUAUUACGACCCAAAGUGUGGAUGAUACCUCAUCUCAAAUGAAGGUUGAUGAAAAGAUGGAAGAUAUUUCCUGGUGUUACCACAUACCUAUUUAUGACAAUAAUCUUCAAGAAGAGGAAGAUGCUCCAUCAGAACUUAAAAAAGGAGUGAAGACCAUAAUAGAUCCCUUGAAGGAAGUCAAUCUUUGCACCAAUGACGACACAAGACCAACUUACUGUUUCUAGAAAUGGAUGAAGAAAUCACUUAUAUGGACAUACUAAAAAAACAUAGGGAUGUCUUCGCUUGGAUUUAUAAGGAGAUGUCUGGCUUAGAUCCAAAAGUAGCAAUCUAUCAGUUGGCGGUCAAGAAUGAUGCUCGUCCUAUUAAGCAAGCCCAAAAGCACUUUAGGCCAGAUUGGUUCCACUGAUUUAAAAUGAUCUUAACAAACUCAUCAAAGCUGGCUUUAUUCAUGAAGUUAAAUACCCCACAUGGAUUUCAAGCAUCAUUUCUGCGAGGAAGAAGAAUUGACAAAUUUGAGUUUUUGUCGACUUUAUGAAUCUCAAUAACGCCUGCCCUAAGUAUGAUUUUCUAAUUAUCA